AUGAGAAAAACUACCUCUAUUACUUUGGCUGUUGUCGGAGUUGUUGCCUUCACUGCCCUCUUUGCAGUCAGUGGAUUCAACGGAAAUGAUAGCUAACUCAAUCAAGUUUUCUCCCCAGAAGAUCAAGAAUUCUUGAAAUUCAUUACUCUUCACGGCAAAUCCUAUGCUACCAAAGAGGAAUUCUAAUUCAGAUAGAAUCUUUUCAAAUCUAACCUUUUGAAAAUCAGAAUGCACAACGCAUAAAAUGGAGUAUCUUAUCGCCUUGGAGUCAACAAAUUUUCAGACAUGACUCCAGAAGAGUACAAAAAGAGACUCGGUUAUCUACCACACAAUGUUGACUAAUCAAAGGUAAAAUAUCUAGCUCCCUCUAAUGGCGACAAUACCAUCGAUUGGAGAACUAAGGGAGCUGUGACCUAAGUAAAGGAUCAAGGCUAAUGUGGAUCAUGCUGGUCAUUCUCAGCAACAGGUUCUAUUGAAGGUCACAAUUUCCUCACUAACAAACAACUUGUGUCUCUUUCUGAGCAACAACUUGUUGACUGCUCUUAAGCCCAAGGAAACGAGGGUUGCAAUGGUGGAUGGAUGGAUUCAGCCUUCUAAUAUGCUGAACAAACUCCACUUGAGACUGAAGCAGAUUAUCCUUAUGAAGGUGUGGAUGAUACUUGCAGAGUUGAUGCCUCAAAAGAGACUGUUCAAGUUAAGUCAUAUGUUGAUGUUACACCAAAUGAUGCAGAUCAACUAAUUGCUGCUCUUCAAUUAGGACCUGUUUCAGUAGCCAUUGAAGCUGAUCAAAAUAUUUUCUAAAGUUAUUAAGGAGGUGUUAUCAAUGACUCUAGCUGCGGUACUGAACUCGACCAUGGUGUCCUCGCUGUUGGUUACGGUACUGAUGGUGGUGUUCCUUAUUUCAUUGUCAAGAACUCAUGGGGUCCAGACUGGGGAGACUAAGGAUAUGUCAAAAUUGCUGCAACAAAUGAUAACAUUUGUGGUAUCCUAUCUCAACCAUCAUACCCAGAGAUUGUUCAAAAGUGA